AUGUCGGCAACAGAGCUGGACCGGGCCUUGCAUGCAAGUGUGCUGAAGCGCGAGGCAGCCAAAGAGGCUGAGUUCCGCGAAGCACGUGCGAAGCACGAGGAGGAGGUGCGGCUUGGCUUUGGCGCAACCGACAUGUCAAAACAAGAGCUCAAAAAGAUCAUCGACAGUGACAGGCGGAUGUACUAUCGCUCCGAAGACUUGAAUGAUAAGCUGUUCAUCCAUUACAAGGGAUGGAAAGAAAUCAAGAACUUGGAGGGCUGGACUGGCCUGAAAGCGUUGUACGCUGAGUGCAAUGCUUUCGACCGCAUCAGUGGCCUUUCACAGUGCCGGAACCUGCGCAGCCUUUUCCUCCAGGAGAAUUGCAUUCACAGGAUCGAAGGACUCGAGUGCUGCCCCUUGCUCUGGAAUCUCAACUUGAGUAGCAACUUCAUCGAACGAAUUGAAGGCCUCUCGCAGUUAAAAUCCUUGAACACCCUCACGAUCCAGAAGAACAAGAUCGGAUUUGCAGGUGUGGAAGAUGUGGUGCACCUAGUGGACACGACCAUCUCUACACUGGAUCUACAAGACAACAAAAUUUGGGACCCAGACAUAUUGCCGGAGGUUUUCACGCGCAUGGCUGACCUGCGCGUCCUGUACCUCAAGGGCAAUCCUUGCGCCAAGAAGAUUCCGAACUAUCGCAAGGGCAUCACCGCAGUGUGCCAGAACUUGAAGUAUCUUGAUGACCGACCAGUCUUUCCUGAGGACAGGCGAGCUGCAGAUGCAUUCAAUCGCGGAGGCCUGGAGGAGGAAAGGGCCGAGCGUCGCAGAAUCAAGGAGGAAGAAAAUUCAAAGCAUGAGCGCAACAUGAAGGCAUUUCAGGAGAUGAUUGAAAGCGUCCGCCGGGAGAAGCGAGAGCGAGAUGCCAUGAGAGUUGAGGACAAGUUCACGGAUACCACUGACCCAGUGGUGACGACUGAACAACGAAUGCAGCAGCAGGUCGACAGGUGGAAAGAGGAGAAUGCCGAAGAUAUCAAGGACGACGCGCGCGAGCACGCCGAGCGAUGUUUGCAAAGCGAGAAGGAAGCAAGGAUCGCAGACAGCGAUGGAGAAUCCAAUGCCUCCGGCGAGCGGAACUCGAAGGAGGAAUGCCAAGAGGAGGUUCAGGCCCAGCAAGCGGGCGACGGCGGCAACGUGGAUAAGCGGAAGCUGGUCUACGAGGUCCGGGUCGUCUCAGAGCAGGUUUUUUUCUUGAUGGGAGCAAUAGCCCAAGAUGCGCAUGAAAAGAGGUGGCGGGAUUUGGCCCCGAAAAAGCAUUUGCCGAGAUGGCUAGAAUGCUAG